CACAAUAUUCACAUAAGAGUGCAGAAUUUUGAUUUAGUGGCUGAUAAGAACUCGGUAAACCUGUGGAGAAUAAGUAAUAUUUCUUGAGGCAUUAGAUUUACAGCGGCCACUACCCUUUUUAUUAGCAUUGGUAGCGCUAACUGUGGCACAGGUGACUUUGAAAGGUGAGGCUGCUGUAAAUAUUUUACCACGCAGGUCGCCUGUGACUCAGGGAAAGGCUUGGAUUUAUUUUACUACAGUGAAUUUUAUGUUCCUUCAGUUCUCUGAAAAGCUGGACUAUGAAACCUUAAGCAGUAGAGGCGUCUGAGGUGAGACUAUAGAGAGCAGUCUAACUUCAGUCGCCACCUAAGAGACACAAGAAUUAGGCGUUCUCAUCACUUGUUUGACUUCACUAGGACCUGAUCUGACUGAAGUAUUGACAUUUAAACAAAAUGCGAUCCACUGUGGACGGCCCCCCUGGAAUAGUAGUGACGACCGUCAGCAGCAGCAGCAACACCAAUAACAACAACAACACUAACCAGAUGAGCAACCGAGAAAACAAUGGAAAUUCAGGCUCACAGUAUGCUCUGUGUGCUUUGGGAGUCGGCCUCGUCGCCCUCGGAGUAGUGAUGAUUGUGUGGAGCUUGGUGCCCGCAAACACAGGUUUUAAUAACAGCAGCAGCGGUUCAGGGGGGGAUGAUGGAAUCGAUGGCAAGAGAAAUAAAGCGUCCUCUGUGGCCUUUGUGCUGGCUGGCUCCGGGGUGGCUAUGCUGCUGCUGUCUCUGUGUCUGGGAUUGAGGAACAAACAGCGGGAGCAGCUGAGACGCCAGGAGAUCCAAAACCAGAGAGACGCGGCGAGGGAGCAGGAGGAGAGAGAAACGGCUGAGGAGCGGGCCCAGCGCUACGCAGUACCAAGCUACGAGGAGGUGGUAGGCAGCGGGCAGUACCCUGUCCGUCAGAGCAGCCUUCGUCCAAGCGUCUCCCAGCUGCCGUCCUACGAUGACCUCGUCCAGGUCGACGGCAUCCAGUAUGAAAACGAGGUCGCCGACGUCAACUCCACCAUUCCUCAACCUGCCCCGGCUUGUAGCUCUCCCAGCGCUACUAUUUCUACAUCAAGCCAUAGACCUGGGAAAAACAACCGCAAUUUCCUCCCCAUCAAAAUCCGAAGGAUUAAGUCAGAAAAGCUUCCCAUGAAAAACACGGGGAGCUCUCAGCCAGCAGCUGGAAUCAGUAUUGAACCUCUUACCCCUCCGCCACAAUAUGAAGAUAAGGUGCCUCCACUUUAAGGUCAGUCUGCUGUUUAAAGCUAUUGACUGAAGUUCCUAGUAUCCUCCAUGGCCAACCUUUGUGGAUAUGGAUGUGCUUUGUUCAGCCAAGAACUGAAGGAGGAUUCUUUCUUUGAGCUGAAGAAUGUUAUAUUUUCACAUUUGUCAUCAUGGCUCCUGACUGUAAAGUGCUGUUUUUUUAUGGACCUUACUGGAUCACUCCGUUAAGUGACAAAGUUUUGCCAAACUGUGGCAUAUCGGUUUUCAGCUUUAGAAACCACCUUGACUUUGUACUGAUUUUACAGGUGAAUCGAUGGUAGUAUAGUGGAGCUCAUGAGAUGUUAGAGAGAGGAUGCUUUUAGGAUUUUUCUAUAAAAAAAUGGAUCCAUGCACUCAUUUUGUGAGGUCAUUUAUGCCACGUUUAAAGACCUUUUAUUGCUUUCAGUACUAAACCAAACAUGGACCGUAACAUUGGUAAAACCGUGCUACCAUGUUACCUGGAAGCCUUUGAAGAUGUCAACAAAAGUAGUAAGUCAUACCUUGAGAGUUUUCUCUAAAAGGGGAAAAAACACAUUCUGAUGACCAGAAGCAUUUGAUUCUUAAUAAGAGUCCAGAUUUGAGGUUCUCUGAAACUCUGGCUGAGAUUGUACCAGCUUAUAACUUGGUCUUUCCCUUGAUAGAAAUUAAUUUGCUCACUUUGGAACUACUACUCUUUAAAUAGUCCAUACUGGGUCUUAACACCUUGGUAAAAGAUGUGUAAAAAACUAUAAAUUAUUAUUUUUUACUGUGGUAAUAUAAUCUCAAAAUAAAUUCAAAUUACUCUAGUUCUCUAACAGUGAUCCUUAGGAAUUUCUUUUAACUUUAUUACCAUUCUCCUCACUUUGCUUGGUGGCAAGACAAACUUGGGUUUAUGACAAACCGACAUGUCACAAUUCCAAUUAUGUACACAGUUUUUAUAAUUGCUUGGACUGUAAUCAUAAGCAAGUUUACGGGGAGGUAGCAGUUUCUUAGUUUAUGCAGAUCAACGUACAUCUGCUUUACUUGAAAGGCAAGUUUUUUGGUCUUCCCUACGUUGAAGAAUGGAUAAGAAAACUAGACCUUUAUGUCAAACAUUACCAAUUGAUCAAUCCUAGACAAUGAACAACUGAGACAAGUAAUGUUGGGUAUUAAAAGUGCUUCAGCUGCAUUUAUUUGAUAGAAAUAUUUAGGGAUUUGAAUACAGAUUGAACCAGUAUACUAAAAAUAAUGACUGGAUUUUUUUUUUCCACUCCGAUAAAACAAUUGUGAUCAAAGCAAGGCUUUAUAUACAUUUCUACCAGGGGUGCCAGACUCUCUGGACUCAUAUGUUUACAUGUGUAAUAAAUAGAUAAGGCAGAAACAAAAUAGAUGUUAGAUACUUUGGUGCAAUUCAAGUUUCAUACACAAGUAAAGUGAGUCUUUUAUAAAAGCAGAAGUUGCGAGGGACCAUUGAUGUUUGAAACCUAUUUGCACUCCCAGCUUGUGUAGUAACUUUGGUCACGGUGGUAAAGUUGUGUUUGGUGACCAGUCAAAAGACGUCACUUUAAAGGAGGAAAUUAGUUCUCCGGGAAGCUUAGAUUUUUACAAAUAUGCUGAGAUUAGACUUUGAACGCAUCAAUGAACACCCUCCAGCUGUACUCACCAAAAGCAUCUUUACUCCAAGAAUUAACUUGUAAGCCUUUUCUAAAGAAAUUGCGUGACUCCGUUGUUGUUUCAGAACAGUGCUGCUGCUUCUGCUCUUGCACACAGCGUGAUACUGAGAGAUGUAUAGGCGGGAAGAUGUUUGCAGGAACUUGGUGAAUAGUUGAAAGCCUGCUCUCAGUAGCCAUGGCGAAGAUGUGAAAGCAUGCAGUAUAGUCUCUCCUUCUCAGGGCUUGUUUUUUUUCUUACUCCUGACUGGUAAACACAAAGACUCUGAGUGUGCAGCUGCAACACAAUAACAGCAGCUGCUCUCUGGCUUGCUGAUCAUCAUUCCUUCAACCACAACUUGACCUGCAGGACUGUUUUCAUUCUGAAAGUAUGCAGGGAAAGAGAUGAAAAUAAAAAUAGAUGGUCUCUAGGCUUUUUCUUUUUCAAGGAUAUAACUUGUGUUACAGCAGUAUGCCGACCUGCCAGUACGCUCUCUUUCUCCUCCUUCAUUUUUUCUUUUUAAUUUUAGAAAUAAGCAGUGGAUGCCAAAGUGACUCAUGAGUUAUUUAAGUCAAUGUUACUCAUUUUGUGAAAUUGCACACUUUUGCUUUUUCUCUUUUUGUUUUGAAGAAGAAAAAGCCCUCUACACUAGUGUUUCACAGUUGUAUUUUUGAAGGCUGAAACUGUCCUCAAUAACUGGACCUCAGCAAUGUACUUAUUUUAUUUUUAUUUUUUUUUUUGCAAACAAUCAGUUUAGAUCAAUUUUAUACACAAGUUGUCAAAUUGUUUUACAUUAAUUGUAAGUAUUUGGUUGUAGGAGUCACUUUCUUUUUUUGUACAAUAAUGAGUGUGUUGUCAUUUAAUGUUCUCUUUUUAUGACUACAGUUUAUAUAUUUUAUAAGUGCAGUGAAAAAAAAAAUCUUGUCUGUGUUUAUACAAAUGUAUUUUUCCCCAGAAGUUUGAAUAGUCAUUUAUCUCAUGAAUAUUUAUGAUAAAUAAAGAGGAAGCAUUUGUUUAUUAAUA